AUGUCGAGAAGUCUAAAGUCAAUCACUCUCAUAACUCUCUUGGCUCUCCUUAAUCUCUCACAAAGAGCUUAUUCUUACAGGGGCCAAUAUGCUAUUCCUUAAUCUGAGAUACCAAGGACACUCGAGGAAUAUACUGAGACGACAGUAACAACAGAUGAAAAUGGGGAAACUACCACUGAAACAACAACAACAAUUACCAAUGAAGAGAUAGCUUAGGAUGGAUCAUCUAGUCCCUCUUCAUCUCACCCUAGCACUGCCAGUACAGCACAGACUCAAUAAUCACCAUCUUCUUCUCAAUAGUAAACUUAACCUAGUCCAUCAAAUCAAACUACAACAUCGACUUAAUAACAAUAGCAAUACUAAUAAGCACCUUAAACCCAAUAAUAGGAUGUGGAAGCAUCAUAAAAUAAUCCAGAAGGAGAAGAUUCAUCUGCUUCCCCAGCAACAUAUAGACCCAGUUAGUCUGCUAACACUCAACAAAUUCAGAACAAAACUACUAUAUCAUAGGUUGUAUCAGACGAUGCAAGAUUGGAUUAAAACUUCAACUAAGAUGAUGACGGUUCUGAUGCUGACUAGGCUUCUGAGGAGAUGCUUUAGAAGUAAAAAAGAGCUGCUAAAAAGAGAAUUUAUAAUCCAGAGUUGUCCUUAGUAGAUCCAAAGCCAAGAACCUAUUCUAAUUCCUCAAUGGUUAACCUUCCCCCAUGUGGAGGCUCAGACAAAGGCUUUGUGCAUUAUAUGGCAACUCCAGGGAGCAGAAACUUCAUUCAAUGGAAAGUAAGUCACCCAGCAGCUGAAGGCAACUGCACUGUGAGAGUAGGUUAAGGAUUAGAUGAAGACGAAUUUGUUGUGCUCAGACCUAGAGACGGAAGUGCAUACAAAGAUGGAUCAUUCCCAUGUGGAAGGGAAGUCGGCUAUGAAGGCAAAGAGUUCAGAUUCCCAAGGAACUACACUUGCGAUUAAUGCACACUCCAACUUGAAUGGACCAUUCCUGCUGGAUAGAUUCAUCAGUGUGCUGACUUCAUUAUGACUAGCAGAGAUGCUGAGGAAUGCACUGGAAAGUGUGUUAAUGGUGGUGCCUGUAUCAAUGGAGAGUGCAGAUGCAGAGCAGGAUUCUAUGGAACUUAUUAUUAAGUGUCAUCUAGAAUCAUUUGGUAUGUCUUAAUCUUCGUCAUUAUGAUUGCGAUUAUCAUUGGUAUUGUGGCUUACACUCUAAAUGAAAGAAAGAAAAUCCGCAGAAACGUAGAUGACGAUCAAAACUCGAUUAUUGGUUCCAACCCAGAGCCUUCUAAAAAGGGAAGUUACGGCAGAUGA